AGUCUGUCCUUACUACCUCUCUCGUUCACUGAAACAAGAAGCAGAUGUCAUUUUUAUGCCAUACAACUACCUGCUAGAUCCAAAGAGCCGUAAGGCACUCAGUAUCGACCUGAAUGGAGCUGUGGUUAUCUUUGACGAGGCUCACAAUGUGGAAAAGACAUGUGAAGAAUCAACAUCAUUUGAUCUCACUCCCUACGAUGUAGCCUCAGCCAUUAAUGCUGUGGACAGGCUGCUUGUGGAGCAGUCUAAAGAAAUCAGCCACAGAGACUCUGUGAAUGUAGACUUUCAUGGAGAAACCUCCGCUUCUGGUUUCAAAUUAGGUUUGUCCACCAUUGCAAAAAUCAAACAGAUACUACUGGAUCUGGAAGCUGCCAUUGAUGCCUAUGAUCCAAGUGAUCAAGGCAUUACCAAACCUGGAAUCUUCAUCUAUGAGGUGUUCGAAAAAGCUAAUCUGACCUUCAGCAGCAAGACAGCAGUCUAUGAAGCUCUGGAGCACAUCAUUGGAUACCUGGCACAACAGCCAGGAAUAUUUCUCAAUACUAGUGGACUCCAGAAGCUUUCUGAUAUCAUACAG